AGUAAUAAAAAAAAGAAAGUGAAACGUCAAAGUCAUUAUAUGUCAAUGUCAGUCGUGAUAUAUGUGACAGUUCUAAAAUAUAACCUCGAAAUUUAAAUUAUAACAAAAAAAAUCUUUUGUUUUGUGAAAAUGAAUUCAGUAAUAAAGGUUUUACUACGUAGAAAUCAAUUUAAGUUAAUUAACAGUGUUAGUAGUAUAGAUCGCCGCUAUGCCACUACCAAGAAGAAAAUGCACGAUCCCAAAGAAGAUGAGCAGUUACCUAUAUUCCAGUAUCCUUUGAGUAAGAGUUCUGACCGGCGCGUUUAUGUGUGGGGGCUGGCAGAAACGGGUGCUCUCGGUAUACAUCUGCCUAGAGGUAAACGAGGCAAGAAAGCUUACAAAAAUGACUUUUCACUGGCAUGGCAUCCUAUGAGAUCGAGUAUUGCAGAGAGAUUUGAUGUAACACAAGUAGCUUGCGGGUAUGGUUUCACAGUAUUAGCAGUUAAAACAAAUGAGCAGCACAAAGUAUUUGGUACUGGUAUCAAUACAGACUCACAAAUUGGAUAUCAUGCACCUCGCAUCGGUCAUCCGUUAGAACUAUUGCUCAGUCCAGCUCCAAUUUAUAUACCAUACAAAUCACUGGAGACUAAGAUUAUAGGUCUAAGUGCAGGACGUGCACAUACUGCUAUAUUGACUGACAGUGAAGGUGUUUACACAUUAGGCAAUAAUGCAUAUGGACAGUGCGGUAGGAAAAUCAAUCUUAAAGAGGAAUAUAAGGGAAGUAUGGUGUCUUACAAUAUAAAGAGAUUGGGCACGGAGAAUAUUACGAGUAUAUGCUGCGGACAGGAUCAUACAUUAUUUAUAACUGAAUCUGGCAAGGUGUAUGCGUGUGGUUGGGGCGCGGAUGGCCAGACAGGAAUUGGUACAUAUGAAAACCAGGGCAUACCAGCGCAGGUGAAAGGGGAUGUAACUAGUGAAAAGAUCGUCAAAGUUGCCUCCACUGUUGACUGUGUGUUAGCUCUGAAUGAGAAAGGUGAACUGUUUGGUUGGGGAAAUUCAGAAUAUGGUCAAGUGCCUAUGAAUACAAAACAGCAGCAAGUGAAUAUGUCGUAUGCUCUAGUCAACUUCACCAAGGGGUUGGGGAAGAUAACGGACAUCGCUGCAGGGGGAUCGUUCUGUUUGAUUGUUAAUGAACAUGGAGAUGUCUUUGUAUGGGGCUUCGGCUUACUGGGCUUAGGCCCUAAUGUCCAACAGACUACUAGCCCAAAACAAAUACCACCACCUCUAUUUGGCCGCAAUGAGUUCAAUCCUGAAUGUGUUGUUGAUAAAGUUGCAUGUGGAAUAAGUCACUUAGCUGCAAUAACAAAUAACGGAGAUCUGUACACAUGGGGGAGGAAUAGACAUGGGUGCCUUGGACUUGGCCAUGCUAAAGACCAACAUUUCCCUCUGAGGGUGUCAAUAGGAGCACAUGUUUUGAGUGUAACAUGUAGUGUUGAUCAUACUACUGCAGUAUGUAAACCAUUCACUUGAGAAAUUAAAU